GCUCUUGUAGGAGGACAUUUCCAGUUUCCUCCUAAUACUGUCCUAGUGAGUGAUGUGUAUGCAGUAUCACUCUCAAAGUCUCUCCUCAAACGACUCAAGUUAGAAAUACAGCACUGCGUUAAUUUAACAGGACGACCAGAUCUUGCACAAUACUUAAAGUUUGCUAUAGCUCCCGUGAGCACACCCAGUCUUCCUUACCAAUUCUCAAUAGUCGAAGGAGGAGAGUUUAACUCUGAUGGUUGGUAUGGAUCCAUUCAACGUAACAAGUUCUGUUUGGUUUGUAUACUGGGGGAAGAAUCAACUGAUGGAGACACAGAGGAAGGAGCUGAGGAACAGCAACCACAACAAGAGGAGAAUGAGGAGGAGGAGGGGGACAAAGAGGAAGGAGAGGGUAGUGAUAGUGAUGAUGUUGAUAUCAGCAGUACUCCAUCAGAGGCUAGUGGAGCAUGUAAAGAGUCUACUACUAAAGAGACUAACCUCCCAACCAAUACAGUGUCUUUUGCUGAUACUAUUACUACACCAAACACUGAUCAUAUUAACAAAGUACAUUCCACUGGUAUAAAGGAGGCUAUGACGUAUGCUGGUUUGAUCUACUAUCAAGAGAAAGGUGUAGAAGAUUUAGUAGUGUUUGCUGCAGCCAGAGACUUGAAUGCUCUCAUUGAGUUUAUUAAAAGUGAUUUUCCUGGAGCUGAGAGAGGACAAUACGUUUAUUUUCGUUUUGAAGAUAAUGAUGGAUGUAUUGAGCUGAAGUUUGAUACUCCACAAGAGAAGGAUAUUACUGGUUGGACUAUUGACCCUCACAUGAAACCAUGCAGGUUACAUCGUUGUGAUGUUAAUGGGUUUGGUGAAGCUAAUUAUCCUCUUCCUCCAUCUUGCUUGAUAUCCGUUUUUGCUUCACCUGAUGCUGUCCCUACACUACAUUACUCCAUACCACUGGAAGGUGUGGCUGAUCCUGUUUCAUUAUAUAUCCACAGAUCACUACAAAGAAAUCCUCCUCCUCCUUCAAUAGAUCCUACUACCUUCUCCUCAAAUACAAUUACUGAAGCCACUGCAUCAUCCACUGGAGGAGCUAGUGCACCAGAUACUGUUGAUGUUGAGAGAGUGAAGAAAAUCAUUAAUGAUGUUCUUGUAUCUCACUUUGCUGUCCUUAAUGAUCUUAAAACAUCUCUCUCAGAUCUUGGUAAUCAAUUGUUUGCCACUGAGCUUAUUAGUGAUGAAGUCAGAGAGACUCGUAGCAUGGAAAAAUUUAUCGGAGAGUUCAAGGCUAGUUUCAACUUUUUGGAUGAAAUGUCUGAAAUUCAAGAUCACUGUACAAAGUUUUUGAACUCAUUCAUUGCUGUUCGAGGUGGUUAUGCUAAUGCUGCCAAAUUUUUACGUAAGAAGUGGAUUGGAGCUAUUAAAACUAAACUAGGCACUGAUUUUAUUCUUGAUAUUUAGUAGAAAUUCCACUCCCCACAAGUAGCAAUGCAUGUACUAUAAUGUGUGUGUGAUGCUGCUAUUUUGUAACAAAAUUUUUAAAAAUAUUGAUUAUAACCACGAAGCUAUUAAUUAAUAUUGACUGUAAACUAUUAUUUAAUGAUUCUAAUGAGUCAUUGUUUUUAAUGAA